GCUUCUAAAAACCCUGCUCUUCUCGUACUGUCACUCAAAGGUCAGGGGGAGGUACGGGAAUGUGAGGAGAUUUUUCAGGUUCACAAAGACGGCCAUCUAGCGCUGCUUUGUUCACGGCCUAACUGCCACGAAAAGAAAUACGCGAACGAGCCGAAGCAAAGUCGUGUUCAGAGCAACACCUCAUGGGUUGGUGGUCUGCAGAAAACCGUUGACGACGAACUGCUUCUACAGUGCUGCGAAUACGACCUUAUGGAAAAGUACGGCCAAUUGAUGUUCAGCAAUGUGAUCGUUCGACGAGGCGAGUUUUUCGAAGCUGAAGAGAAGUACGAUAAAAACGAUGAGGAUGUCAUUUACUUCGACUUGAUCUCAAAUAUCCGGCGGGACUAUGACGAGAAAGGGGAAUUCUAUUCGUUGACGAUAUAUCGAUACUUUUGUGGGAGAAUUCCUGACACACCACCUGAAUGGUACAUGAAGAAGAACUGGCCGUACUGGCCAGAACAAGAAAAUCUUGGUUCCUAG